AUGAAAAGGCUGGUGAAGCCUGUGGAUCAAUGGAUGGAAAAGGCUGCUUCAUUGGUUGGUUUGGAUGUGAGUGCUUGUACAUAUAUGAUGUUUUUGAUUGUUGUGAAUAUUCCGAUGGCAUUCUUGAUGAGAAGUUUACCUUUUGGAAUGGCUAGGAUAUUAUUUGGAUUGAUUGUUGGAUUGUUUUAUUGUUUCUACACAUUUGGAAGUGCUACUUUGCAUUCAGUUGCCAUUCCUUUGAUUGUUUAUGUGUGGUUGUUUUUGACAGUUGGAAUGAGUAGUUCAGUGAGAGAAUAUUUGAAGAAAUCGAGGUUGGGAUUGAUUGUUCCAUUAUUUGCCUUCUUCUUUUCAUUUGGAUACUUGUUAAUUUGUCAUUAUAAUAGAAUGAUUACUGAUUAUCUUGGUUGGAAGUUGGAUUUUACUGGACUUCAAAUGCUUGCCACUCUCAAGACUAUCUCAGUUGCUUGGAAUAUCUACGAUGGAAUGAUUGCUCAAUCUGAUGAAAAGAUGAAUUAUUAUCACAAGGUAAAUCGUAUGGAGAGAAUGCCAGGGCUAUUGGAAUAUUUCAGUUACAUGUUCUUCUUCCCUUCAAUUUUGACAGGUCCAAUUUAUGAAAUUAGUGAUUACUUGAGAAUGAUUUAUGGAGAGUUUGAUGAGGAUAUUUCAUUCUUAAACAAGAUGGAAUUGAAACCAAAUCGUCAAAAUCCACCAAUUCACUGGAAGAAAAUUUUCACAAAUCUUUUAAUUGCUAUGGUGAAUAUGGUAUUGACCUUGAAGGCAUUGCCAAUCUUUGAUAGACCACAAUUGGAGGAUGUUAUUUAUGAUAGAGUGGGAGAUCAACAAUUAUUCGGAAGUUCUCUAUUGUACAAACUUGCUUUCUCGUGGGCAUGUAUGGUUGCAAUCAAGUUCAAAUAUAUUGUCGGUUGGUGUUGGUCUGAAUCGGCCAUGAUUAUCUGUGGUAUGGGAUAUCAAAAGGAUAGAAAGACAGAUCAGUACAGCUAUGCUGGAUGUGAAUCAAUUGAAUAUUUGAAUCAUCUUCUUUCUUCAAAUCUUCGUGAUAUUACCACAACAUGGAAUGUUUCAGUUUCCAAAUGGCUCCGUAACUAUGUCUAUUCAAGAGUUGGAUCUGGAGCUGGCACUAAGAAUACCAUCAUUACUUUCCUCGUUAGUGCUUCAUGGCACGGUCUUUACUCUGGUUACUAUGUCAUGUGGACAAACUAUGCUAUUUGUUUGCAUUUCAUUGGAAGAAUGGCUCACAAGAAAGUGCGUCCACUCUUUUUGAAUGAUGUGGAGAAUACUUUCAGUGAAAAGAAUUCCAAAUUCAUGUCCAUCUUUUACAAAACCCUCUCCUUCAUUGGAACCAAUAUUUUCACCAGUUAUUUAUUACCACCAUUCCUCUUACUUUCAUGGGAUAGUUCCAUUCAAUUCUUCUCAUCAAUGCGUUGGAUUGGACAUCUCCUCUUCAUUCCAAUUUAUGUAUUUUUAACACUUAUUCCAUCAACAGGUAAACAUCAAAAGAAGGAAUAAAGCACAACAAUAUUUCCCUC